GGGGGGGCAGGAGACAAGAAAUCAAGACACCAGGCAGCAGGACACACACACACUCACAUACACUCACACACAUAGAGACCAACAGAUAGACAGCUACCUAAAGCCUGAAAGACUGACAGCAACACAGAAAAAGAGAAACAGGCAGAAAGAGAGACAAAGACAGAAAUAGAAACAGACUAACACACAGAGUCAAAAAUACAGAGACAGAAAGACAGGGAGAAAGAGAAACAGAAAAUUAGACACCAAAGACAUACGAACAGGGAGGAAGGCCGACUGAAAGAAAGACGGAGAAGAGGAGAGAGAAGCCAGGGCCGAGCGUGCCAGCUGGCGGAUGGAGGGCGGCCUGGUGGAGGAGGAGACAUAGUGGCCUGGGCUGAGCUGGGUGGGCCGGGAGAAGCGGGUGCCUCAGAGUGGGGGUGGGGGCAUGGGAGGGGCAGGCAUUCUGCUGCUGCUGCUGGCUGGGGCGGGGGUGGUGGUGGCCUGGAGACCCCCAAAGGGAAAGUGUCCCCUGCGCUGCUCCUGCUCCAAAGACAGCGCCCUGUGUGAGGGCUCCCCGGACCUGCCCGUCAGCUUCUCUCCGACCCUGCUCUCACUCUCACUCGUCAGGACGGGAGUCACCCAGCUGAAGGCUGGCAGCUUCCUGAGAAUUCCGUCUCUGCACCUGCUCCUCUUCACCUCCAACUCCUUCUCCGUGAUUGAGGACGAUGCAUUUGCAGGCCUGUCCCACCUGCAGUACCUCUUCAUCGAGGACAAUGAGAUUGGCUCCAUCUCUAAGAAUGCCCUCAGAGGACUUCGCUCGCUUACACACCUAAGCCUGGCCAAUAACCAUCUGGAGACCCUCCCCAGAUUCCUGUUCCGAGGCCUGGACACCCUUACUCACGUGGACCUCCGCGGGAACCCGUUCCAGUGUGACUGCCGCGUCCUCUGGCUCCUGCAGUGGAUGCCCACCGUGAAUGCCAGCGUGGGGACCGGCGCCUGUGCGGGCCCCGCCGCCCUGAGCCACGUGCAGCUCCACCACCUCGACCCCAAGACUUUCAAGUGCAGAGCCAUAGAGCUGUCCUGGUUCCAGACGGUGGGGGAGUCGGCACUGAGCGUAGAGCCCUUCUCCUACCAAGGGGAGCCUCACAUUGUGCUGGCACAGCCCUUCGCCGGCCGCUGCCUGAUUCUCUCCUGGGACUACAGCCUGCAGCGCUUCCGGCCCGAGGAAGAGCUGCCCGCGGCCUCCGUGGUGUCCUGCAAGCCACUGGUGCUGGGCCCGAGCCUCUUCGUGCUGGCUGCCCGCCUGUGGGGGGGCUCACAGCUGUGGGCCCGGCCCAGUCCCGGCCUGCGCCUGGCCCCAACGCAGACCCUGGCCCCGCGGCGGCUGCUGCGGCCCAAUGACGCCGAGCUCCUGUGGCUGGAAGGGCAACCCUGCUUCGUGGUGGCCGAUGCCUCCAAGGCGGGCAGCACCACGCUGCUGUGCCGCGACGGGCCCGGCUUUUACCCGCACCAGAGCCUGCACGCCUGGCACCGGGACACGGACGCUGAGGCCCUGGAGCUGGACGGCCGGCCCCAUCUGCUGCUGGCCUCGGCUUCCCAGCGGCCCGUGCUCUUCCACUGGACCGGUGGCCGCUUCGAGAGACGCACAGACAUCCCCGAGGCCGAGGAUGUCUAUGCCACACGCCACUUCCAGGCUGGUGGGGACGUGUUCCUGUGCCUCACACGCUACAUUGGGGACUCCAUGGUCAUGCGCUGGGACGGCUCCAUGUUUCGUCUGCUGCAGCAACUUCCCUCUCGCGGUGCCCACGUCUUCCAGCCACUGCUCAUCGCCAGGGACCAGCUGGCCAUCCUAGGCAGCGACUUCGCCUUCAGCCAGGUCCUCCGCCUUGAGCCUGACAAGGGGCUCCUGGAGCCACUGCAGGAGCUGGGGCCCCCGGCCCUGGUGGCUCCCCGUGCCUUCGCCCACAUCACUAUGGCCGGCAGACGCUUCCUCUUUGCUGCUUGCUUUAAGGGCCCCACACAGAUCUACCAGCAUCACGAGAUCGACCUCAGUGCCUGAGACCACCAACGGGACUCUGGGCAUGGCUGGGGCCCCUGGACGGCCCCUUGGCUGGCUCCUGGCCCCACUUGGGGUGAUGGCCUGCCUGUGAGCUGCUGACCAUGGGCCACAUUCAUCAGCCACACGUCUAGGCCUUAAGCCCACUUCUUAAAGGAUCUGCACCCAUGGCGGGGACAUAGAGGGUCCCAGCCUACUGGACCUCCCGAGCUGCCCUUCAGGUCUAAAGCAACAUCUGGACAUCUCGGCUGGGGCAGAUUCCCCAUCAAAGGCAACCUGGGGGGUGCAGGCUGGUGCACUGCAUGGAGUCGAGGUGGAGGUCACGUGCAGAGCUCCAUGAGGUCCAGGAGCCCCCCUCUCAACCCGUUCCUACCCCCGCUGGUCCCUCUGAAAGCACCGAGGGGUUGAUGGCAUUCCUUUCCCAUUCUAAACUCCACGCAGCCAAUCGCUUUCCUGGAGAAGCGCCAACCUCGAAGACAACUCAGCGCUGGGCGGGUUCCCCUCUGCUGCUUGUGCGCAUGCGUGCGGCCGCCCAGCAAGCUGUGCCUUUUGCGCCUCUUGCGCGUGCGCGGGGCACAGGGAGGGACAGCGGGAGGUGUCGCGGGGAGCCUGGUGCCCUUCUAGAUGGGCGACGGAGGCAAGGACAAGACGAGUCCGAGCUCAAUAAAUGCGCUGUGCACCCUC